ACAGGCACUGUGUGACAAUACGGUAGAUAGCUUAUUUUCAGCUUCGACGUCAGCUUUUGUUUGUCUUUAUCGAGCUCUCACCUUCACCUCUUUUCAACCUCUUACCUAUGUAUCAAGAACCCAAGAUACAGUACAGCUAACCUCACUAAAGCCAACACUAAAACAAUUCCACCAUGUCUCGUGUCUUCCUCUUCUGCAUCGCCGAAGAAGCUAAACCCUUCAUCCCACGCCUCCUAGCGCUUGACAAAAUCAGCUAUCCAUUUAUCCUCGUGCAAUCUCGCGAAUUCCCCGCAGAGGCUGACUGGUUCAAAGAGACGCUAGCCGACGGCGAGCCAUUCGAGAGCGACUUCAUCGGCGCAUCUGCAGCGGACUGCACGGCGUGGGCGCUCGAGCACCAAGUGCAGCACAACCAGAUAGACCAGGACAAGGUCGCCAUCGUGGAUGCGCGCAGCGCCGAGGACGAGACGAUCGAACUGCGCUUCUACGUCCGCGAUGUGGUGGCGAACUUGCUCCGCCCGGGACAGCAGAGCAAUGCGUGGUACGAUUUCAGAGUCCCGUACCAGAAGGCGCCGAGGCUGUUGACGGAUCUGCCGUAUGGAGAUGCGGAUGAGACGUACGGGGUGUAUUUUUGGCGGAGGGAUGGACUGGUAGAUGAGCGUGGUGUCUUCGAUGUUGAGAAGGCGGAGGAGUUAAUUCUGCAGGGGGAAGGGUUUGUUCCUUUGGAUGAGGAGGCUUGGGAUGGCCUACAUGGCAAAAAUGAGGAAUAACGACCUUGAUACCGGUUUAGGUACCUAUGCUACGUAGAUAUUAGAAGAAUCAUGACUGUGCAGUAGAGAUCUCGUCUUAAUUCGCAACGGAGUUUGAUUCUAGGUCACUUCGACAUUCUGUACCUAGGUACAUUAAGACUAGAACUACGGAAUGAUCGUAACCGGUAGCUUUUACUAGUA